GUUAUUAAAGGUCCGUCACCGGUAGCUAACAAGCUAGUUGUUGUUGCUUCAUCAAAAGCUCCUAGUUGGGCUAACUAUUAUUUUUUGCUUCUGUGUAGUUUGAAAAAUCGGUGAUAACAUAUCUGUCGGACGUUGCCCAGCACUGGGACCUGGCUGAAACUAGGCCAGGAGGUCUGAAGCUUAACGUGCUAUUUACACUUUAACCUCGCCCACAGCUAACAUCUCCUGCUAGCGUUAACUCUGAACAACAGCACAUCACAACAGCGUAAGAAGUGCAACUAGCUAACUCAACCAAGCUAGCUGUACCUAGCUCCAUUACCAGUCAUUUGAAGUAAUGCACCUGAGGUGGAUCCAUUGAUAACCCUUCAUAAUGGCAGGUUCCCAGUGGGAGCUUCCUCCAGAGCUAUGUUGUCGUCCCAUGGCCUUCGUAGCUCUAACCGGUCUGGAUGUGGUGUAUAACGCCGUGCACCGGGCCAUUUGGGAUGCCUUCUGCGCCAACCGGCGAGCUGACAGAGUUCCUAUCUCUUUCAAAGUCCUCCCAGGAGACCAUGAGUACCCCAAAUGUCGCACUAAGCGGACGUCCUAUGAGUGGUACAUCCCUAAAGGCAUCCUGAAAACAGGAUGGAUGAACAAACAUCUGAACCUGGUGCCAGCUCUGGUUGUUCUGUUCUAUGAACUGGACUGGGACGACCCAACGUGGAAAGAGAAACAAUCUGAAUGUGCCACUAAAGUGGAGAUUGUGAGGACCAGCCUUCAGGGCAGGAACACCAAGGUGGCUGUGGUUCUGAUCCAGAAGAAAACUCCUCUCCCUCCAGGAGAGGACCUGGUGGCGUCAGAGAGAGCAGCGACUCUUUGUAACGCCUGCGAUCUGUCCGGCAAGAGUCUCUUCGUGCUGCCACACACCGACCACUUAGUGGGCUACAUUAUAAGGUUGGAGAAUGCUUUCUAUGAACACGCUCAGACAUACUACUACACUGAGAUCCGCCGAGUCAAAUCCCAUAAAGAGUUCCUCAACAAGACCACGCAUCAGCUGCUGUUUGUCAGGCACCAGUUCAAAAUCGCCUUCUUCAGUGAGCUGAAACAGGACACCCAGAAUGCUCUCAAGUACUACAGGACUGCAUACAGUCUGGUUCAUGAGCUCAGGGCCCACGAGACUAACAUGUUGGAGAUCAAAACUAUGGCUGGAUUCAUCAACUAUAAGAUCUGCCGUCUGUGUUUCCAGCACAACACUCCUCUGGAUGCCAUCGCUCAGUUCAGGAAGCACAUCGACCUGUGCAAGAAGAAGAUCGGCAGCGCUGAGCUGGCCUUCGAGCACUCCGCAUGGAUGUCCAAACAGUUCCAGUCGUUCGGCGAGCUCUUUGAUGAAGCCAUAAAGCUGGGUCUGACAGCCAUCCAGACCCAGAACCCCGGCUUCUACUACCAGCAGGCUGCCUGUUACAGCCAGGACCGGAAGCAGCUGGCCCAGCAGCUCUGUCAGUCUGCAGCGAGUCUUCCCACCCCUGAACCAGCAGAAACCCAGGCUGGGGGACUGGACUUCUACGGACAGAGACCAUGGAGACAGGGACACCAGAGUAUUGAUCCUCCAGAUGCAGAGAAGGAGAAGACGGGGAUUCUGGUCCUGCAGAUUAAAGAGAGAGAUGUACCACACUCUGAGCUGAUUAUAGCACUCCUCAGUAAUGCUGUCGCCCAGUUUAAGAAGUACAAGUGCCCUCGAAUGAAGAGUCACCUCAUGGUGCAGAUGGGAGAGGAAUACUACCAUGCUAAAGACUACACCAAAUCCCUCAAGCUGUUGGACUAUGUGAUGUGUGACUACCGCACAGAGCGCUGGUGGGCCCUCCUGAGCGCCAUACUGACCACGGCGCUGCGCUGUGCCUAUCUGAUGGCCAGUGUGAAAGACUACAUCAUAUACUGCAUGGAGCUGCUGGGGAGGGCUUCCACCUUGAAGGAGGAGCAGAAGUUGAGGAUUGAGAAGAACCUCAUCAAAGUCCUGAAGAAUGAGGUCCCUGAGGCGGAGCCGGAGUGUGACCCCUCCUCCGUCACUGCAGCCCGCUCUCUGUGGAGCGACCGCAUGGCCUUGGCCGGAUCCAAUGAAUUAAAUAUAGAAGUGCAGGACUACAUCCCAUUCAUCCAGUGUAAGGCCAGGUUCCAGUCUCCCAGUUUCCACGUGGACCAGCCUGUCCAGCUGCAGGUGUUCCUCCGGGCCGACUGUCCCCAUCCUGUGUCCUUCAACAAGCUGUCCAUCAGCCUCAGUAACCAGGAGUACAACCAGUGGUGCGUGGUGGAGUCUGCAGGGAAGGAGAGUAUGAGCCUGGAGCCUGGGAAGACCCAAUGCUACAACUUCAGCUUCGUAGCAAAGACUGAAGACGUCGGCAAGAAGAUUGAGAUGACAGGUAUUGAAGUGAUGCUGGGCAGUGACAGUGGCCGCUGUGUGUUUCUGAGCUGGAGAGGGGCGGGGGGAGAUGUGGCCUCUACCCACGAAGCCUUGCUGGCUAGCAGGUCGUCACGGCGAUGGGGCCGUGGUGUGGAGGCUCGGCAGGAGCUGGACUGGGACAGCCUGACCAUGCAGCCCAGCACCAUGGUCAUCUCCAGGGUGCCAAAGAUCUCUGUUCAGCUGAGCCACCAGCCUCCUGCCCUCACCAAUGAAAUGUACUGCAUCAACCUCACUGUCCAAUCACAGGAGGAGGGCGUGGCAAAGGAUGUCAAACUGACAGCUGGCCUCAAACCAGGUCAGGAGGCCACUCUGGGUCAGACCACACAUGUGACACUGGACGGCUCAAAGGUGUGUGAUGACAGUGCACCUGCCCUGCUGCCGGACCUGCCUCUGGGAGAUCUGAAUCCAGGCCAAAAGUUGGAGAUAUGCGUACAUGUGAAGUGUGUGUCAACUGGAUCAAGGGUCUUCCUCUUCCAUGUUGCCUACAGCAUUGAUACCACAGUGGAAGGACGUCAGAUUGUCUGCAAAUGCCACAAAGAUGACACAGUUACCAUAGAGACGGUUGUCCCAUUUGAGGUGUCUGCUAAGUUUAUGUCCACCAAGUUUGAGCAACUGGACCGCUUGGCAGUGGACAUCCCCUUCCUGUUGAUGACAGACAUCCUGUCUACGUCCCCCUGGCCUCUGCUGCUGGCCUCUUCCUCCCUGCAGCUGCUCACCAUGACCACAAACACACCGCAGCUUCAGUCACAGCUGCAGGAAGUUGUUCUGCAGACUGACGAGUGUGCCAGUGAGUGUUUCUGUCUCCGGGUUCCCCCAAUGAACAGCAGCAACACUGUGGCUACAGGACAGUACCUCAUAUCCUGGAGAAGGAAGUCCUCCGGUGCGGACAGUCCACUCAUCCAAACCACUGUCACUCUGCCUCACGUCAUCCUGGAGACGGUCCCUCUCUACAUCCACGCUGAUUUACCAUCCUUUGGGCGAGUCAGAGAGUCCCUGUCCGUGCGCUACCACAUCGAGAACAGAACGGCCCUGGUGCAGGAGGUGGAGAUGGCUGUGGAGCCGUCCGAUGCCUUCAUGUUCUCCGGACUCAAACAGGUGCGUCUGCGUAUCCUCCCUGGCUCGGAGCAGCAGAUGCUCUAUAACUAUUACCCCCUGAUGGCUGGUUACCAAACACUACCACAGCUUAACAUCAGCCUGCCCCGCUGCCUGACUGCCAACACACACUCUCUGAGACGCUUCCUGCCCCAGCGCAUCUUUGUCAAGCCUCAGGGCCGACAGCUGGACGAGGCCUCCAUCGCCGCAGCUUGACGAGAACACACAUACGUUCCUGUAAAUAUGAGAACAAAGCAACAUUGUGUUGGAUGUUCUAAAACAAUGAUUCCACACAGAUGACAAUAUUAACACUAUUUGUUUGUUUGACAUUAUUCUCUGAGUCAAUUUAAUGAAAGGAUACACUGAUGUUCAUUUAACUGCAAAACCAUGUAUGAAUCUGAUGUGAACUAUAUUGACAUUUGGUGUGUUAAACAUGAAAUGUAUUGAAAGUUUAAUUAAAAUAAAGCCAUGUAAACAA